AUGGCAACCCCCGACCCCCAAACCAACCUAAAAGCCCUCUACGAGAAAGAAAACGAACUCAACGCCCAGUGGGAGCACGACAUCCACGAAGCCCGCAAAAAGCACUACGAGCACAAUAAAUCCUUCUACCAGCGUCGUGCGGAGCUCGCAACCGGCUGGACGGGCGACACCCAAAGCCACCCUGCCCCUAUCCGAGAUUUCUGGCUCACAGCCCUACGCAAUGAGCACGAAACCCGUAAAUUAGUCACAAAGCCCGACCUUGGUCCGCUAAAGUCCCUCAUCGAUAUUCGCGUCGAGUGGCUCGAAGGUUUCGACUACGUGCUUGUGUUUCACUUCGCGCCCAACGAGUACUUCACGAACCGGGUAAUGCGCAAGGAGUUCUACUAUGAUAAGACGGCCGAGCCGAGUCCGGAUUCAUCGCCGCUGGAGAUGAGGGGGGAUCGGAUUCAUUGGAAGAAGAAUCAUAUCUUGCAGGCGGAGUGUCAUGCGCGGGUUGGGACGAAGUCUUUCUUUGCGUUUGUGUCGAGGUCUCUGGCGUAUGGAGAUGCGCAGACAAGUGAAGAAGAGAUCGUGGAGAAUGCGAGGAUGACGGAGGAUUUUGAUACCGGGGAGUCCAUCAGGGAUUCUGUACAGCCUUAUGCUUUGGAGUUGAAUUCAAAGGCGUUUGGCUUGGAAGGUUAUGGGGAGGAUGAACAGGAUCGGGAUGAGGACGAGGAUAGUGAUUAUGAUAUGGAAUUGUAG